AUGUCUUCCAUCAUCCGCAACGCCCUCGCGCUCAGCGCUGUCGCCGCCGUCGCUGUCGCUCAAGGAACAACUGCCCCCAAGCUCGAUGCUCCCUGCGCCGAUGCCGUUAUUUUCAUGGCCCGCGGUAACAAUGCACCGUAUCAGGACAGCCGUACAUUCCCCUUCGUCGAAGCUACGUGCGGCAAGCUGAGGGCUGAGGGCAAGACCUGCGACUUCAUUGAGGUUGUGUUCGAGACCAUGAUGAACGGCGACUUCUGCACUCAGAUUGCUGAGGGAGUCCGCAACGGUCAAUCCCAGAUCACUGCUUUCAACAAGAAGUGCCCUUGCACGCAUCUCAUCCUCAACGGCUUCUCUCAGGGUGCCUGGAUCACUGGAGAUAUUCUUGGUGGACCUGGUGGAUGCUCCCAGAUCACCACUGGUCUAGACAACACCUCGGCUCCUGGUAAUGCUAUUGCUGCUGCUCUCCUCUGGGGCGAUGUCAUGCACGAGGCUAACCAGCCAUACAACGUUCUUGACGGCGCUGGUCUACAGAAGGACGGUCGCAGCGCCGUCUCCCUCGCGCGCCUCAACCGUUACGCACCCGUCCUGCGCUCUUACUGCGCUAAGGGAGACCCAAUCUGCGCCAACGGCAACGACGUCGACAAGCACUUGAGCUACUUUGAGCUGUACACCGACGACGCCUCGACCUGGGCCGUUGGAAAGCUCAAUGACGCCGCCCCUCUUUGCGCCGUUCCCACACCUACGCCUAGCGCUUCUUCUACCGCCGUCGUCUCGUCUCGCUGCCGCGUCGUCAAGCGCUGCUGCAUCAUCAAGCGCUGCUGCGUCAUCAAGCGCUGCUGCUUCUUCCAGUGCCGCCGCUCUUCCCGCUUAUCCUACAUCCCCAGUUUACGUUGCUCCCUUCGCUAUCCCCCAGCCAUACGAGGCUCAGUGCAUUCCCCGCAUUAA